AUGGAUGAUGUACUUAAGCAGUUGGAAGAUGCAGCUACUGCACAACUGCUGUCGGUAAAGUCGGAAGAUCGUAAACGAGCAGAAGAGAAGAUUUUACAGUUCCGUUCAUGCUCUGAGCCUUACGAAAUCUGCACUGUUAUUUUAACUCGUUCAAAUAAUGAUUGUCUGCUAUAUGAAGCUGGUCGAUGUCUGUCCCAUGCAGUGGUUAGAGAAUGGAAUUCUGUUUUCUCUUCGUCAUUUGAAAGUGUAGACGGCUGUAAAGCACUGCAGCUUCUAACUUUCAUCUUGGAAUGGUCACAAAGUCGUGGAUUCGAGUGCGGUCCUGCUGCUCGUCAGCGAAUUUUAAGCGCUGCUGGAGCACUCGUUAAAAGAGCUUCAGCAGCCCAUGCCGAAAAACUUGCUGCUGCCUGGAGAUCUACAAAGGUUGAUGAAAAUGUCAUUCAUACAACUAGCCUAGGAUCUCGAAUACUUACCACACCACCAGAUGAUCCAGGACCUGCUUGUUGGUUAUUGAUUAAGUUGAUUGAACACAUCGAAGAGUUGAUCCAGCCGCUUACACAAUCAGACUUAUCUGGCAUAAAUAACGAUCAAGAACCUAUUUUUAAACGAGGAUUAUUAGGUCUGUUUAUAUUGUCUGCAUUAUUGGAUGAAUUUUCCUACUCCGAAGACAGUGCACAGUUGAAUAUGCCAUUGGAAGCACAUGUUUUCCUUCGAGCUAGAUUUCAGGACUAUGAACUAGUACGAUUAUUUAAAAAUUUACUUUGCUUAGCAAAUCAACUGUUAGUUUAUUGGUCAUCACUGGACUGUUCAGCAUUAAGUCAAGGACAAAGUGAAGUUGUAUUCAGAGUAAUAAGUUGCCUGGAUAUGAUUACAGGUUGGGAUUUCUUACCACGUGAACUUAUUCGUUUUCAUGCCAGUCAAUUAAGACGUUCUGAUCAAGAAGCUCGUUUUCGUCCUAGUGAUAAAUGGAGUGAUACGAUGGGAACAGAUGCCUUUCCGAGGACUUUAUUACUAUUUAUUAAAUUACACACAUGGGUUCGCGGUUCAGAUCUGCUUGGUGCACGAACAUUGUCAUGUUUAGUUCGCUUCUCUUUAAUGUCUGGCCCUCUGAUUUAUCCAAUUUCUUCAUUAACUUGUAUAAAUAAUAAUUCAUCUUACCACAAUGGAAUUUCUUCAUCAAAUUAUAAUGAAAAUCAAUCACUGGGUUCACCAAGUACAAUGCAUUACCUAAUACUAAUUGAAAAUUUAAAUUGUUGGUUAGGAAAAGAAAUACCUAUGGAAGAUCCCAUACAAUUAUCAUUCGAGUCGCUCACAGAUCAAAUACCAGGAAUACGUAAUGAAAUAUCUAAUCGAAUAGCAGAUAGUCGUUCAAUUCCAAGUAUAACAUUAGAAAAUUUAUUACCAUAUGAGUUAUCUAUCUUAUCUGAAUUCAUACUUAAUUUAAUGUUGAAUAGUUCACGUGCAUGGGAACCUGUUGAACGAGUUUUAUCAUUGCCUAAAUUCAGCUCACAAGAAUCUUUAUCUAGUGAAAUAUGCCAGUCUAUGUUUCAUAUUGGUUUAAUUAGUUUAUGGGUGAUGGAUAAAUUCUUUGCUUUUCUUUCUUCCCUAUUAAUACAGUGUAUACGAAUACAGACAGAAUGUUCCACAGAUGGAGAUGAUAAUGGUCAGUUAGCUCAUGAAGCUGUUGAACGUUUAUUCAACUGUUGGAGUGAUCUUCUUGAUUUAAUCCCAUCAUCGUUAAGUGAACAGGCACGAUCUCAAAAGAAUCACAAUCUAACAACAAUUGGUUCUACUGAUGAAGAUAAUUCACCGUUGCCUUUAACUACUGGACAAGUACAAAACUCUGACCAGUUGGCUCAGAAAAUGAAAAAGCUACUUGGAUUGUUACGAAGUAGUAAUUCAUCACGACAAUCACAAUUAUUCCAAUUUUUCCUUGCAUCCAAAAUGGCUCAACCGGUUGGUUUACGUCGAACUUGCAGUCAUGAUAAUAAUGAAGAGAUAGAUCUUGAAUUGGAUGAAGAUGAUAUGACUUCUUCAGAGGAUAGUUUAUUCGCUGUAGGAUCUUGUGGUUUAUCUACUCCUGAAGAAUCAGUCACUACACUUGUUCGUUUAAUAAAUGAACGUGUUACCCAACUGAUUCAAUUACAAAGCUGUGAAUCUUUAAAAUCAAUUGAUUUAUUCGAAGAUAUUCAUUGGCUAUUAUUGAUUAGUGGACAUUUUCUUGUCUCUGGUCCUGCAUCAUUAACAAGUGUUCUACGAAUGGGUUCUCCAUGGGAUACACAAUUCUCAAUACCUCAUCAAAUUUUAUAUCUUGGUUCUAAUGAUACAGUUGAUGUGAUAAAUAGUCGUCGUUUAAUAUUAAUGUCUAUUGCACAAUGUCCUGAUAUGAAUAGUAGUUGGCCUCCAGACAAUUUACCAUAUACACAGAUUCCUUCUUUAAUAAUUUUGUUAUGUUCUCUCUUCCGUCUAUUAUGGUUACAAGCUGCUUAUGGUGUUGGGAGUGCUCAAUUGGUUACGGAUAAUUUUUGGUUAAUGACACGUUUAGCUGUCACAUAUUUCUGCCAUAAUGUAGUCGAUCGGGAUACAUUAAUGUCUAAUAUUUCUCGAUCACCGAUCAUGACAAUACUUCAAGCUGAAUCUGUUCACCCAUUACCAGCACAUCAAGGUGUAUUUUUGUCAAAUAAAACAUAUAACGGAGAAAAUCAACUUUCAGAGAGAAAAGAAAAUCUAUUGCCAGAAAGUUGUAAUGAUAUAAAUCGAGUUUGUAUUCAAGGUUUAUUAAUGUGUGUACGUUUAGCAUUAGAUAAAUGGUCACACGAACCCCAAGCACUAAGUUCACUAACGCGACUAUUGAGUGUGCUCAGUUUGCAUUCACCUAAUUCAUCAUCUGAUUUAGCUUGUUCCGCGUGGUAUGACAUAUGUACGCUUGUCGCUGGUCCUCAGGCUUCAGAACACACAUGGCCUAAUUUGUCGACAGAUAGUUUAAUUCAAUUAGUUGAAGCCUGUUUAUGCGGUAGUUGGGCAAUUGAUAAAACAAAACUAUCAUCAUCGGCAUUAGUUCAGCAGCAGCAUCAAAGUAAUGAAGAUGUCUCCGAUACUUUGCUGCUUCAGCUUAUCCGCGAGAUUCGAGAACAUGUUCUUCGUGUAAUCAAUGUUCUUACCCAUGAUGAAGCGUCUUUCAGUUCACUUCAAGAUUCUACAUCCACUAAUAUGUUGGUUAAUUGUACAGCUGUUUUAAGAGGUGUUUCACGUGCUGUAGGAUCAAUAGCAACAAACAGUAACUCAACUACCGAUUUAGUUUCAUUAGUUUGGAAUGGUCUUUUAGGUCCAUUCUUAUCACAUAGUGCAAAUUAUUUAGUGUUGAAAUGUCAUAAUUAUUCAGAAGCUUUACAAUCAUUAUUCUCUUUAUUCACUGAUGUUGCUGAUUCCUGUCUGAUUUAUUUGGCCGGUCUUCCAUCAUCAUCAUCAUUUUCAGAAUCAUUAUUGAAUAAUGAUUCUACAGUUGUACAAUCAUCAUUGGAAACAAAUAAUGAAACUAGAAAUGGUUGUGCUACUCCAUAUGCUUCUGGUUCAUUUUUAAAUUGGACAGUUGUUCUAUGCAAACAUUAUACUAAAAUUACACAAGGUAAAUAUCCACGGUCUCAAUCUAGGUAGAUAUAAUUAGUGUUCUGUUCUUUCAAAUUGUUAGUGUUGUGUUAAAUUGUGCUUGGUCAGAGUAAACUGUCAUUACAUUUUAUUUAGUUUAUAUUGUCGUUCACUGUUGUCAGUAAACGAUUAAUGUUUAUAUUAUAAUUGAGUUAAAGCUAUAUGGUUUCAAUAUAACAAUGGAAUAUGUGGAAUAUGUGAAAUUAUCUCCAACCAAACUUAAACUAUAACCCACCCCAUCAAUAACUCUACUCAAUCCUCAAAAAAGAGUGCAAAAUUGUUAUUAUCAUUCGAACUAUUGAAAAUAUAGUGUAAAACGCAUAGGUGUUUAAGUAGUGUCUGCUUUUUUUUGGGGGGGGGGAAAGGAUAUCAUUGAGAACUAGUCAUUAUAAUUCUGGGAGUCAGAUUUAGUCCAAAUUCUUGUAAAAAUGUUUCAUUUACCAGUAAGUAACCUAAAAUAUCGUGAUGUAUGUAGUGUGGAGUACUUUUAAGUAGAUAAGAUGUCCCAGUUAUUCUUUUUUAAAUAUUUAAUAUUGACUUUCAAGUAAGUUAUCUAUCAUUCUGCUAUGAUGAUCUAAACUAUUCAUGUGAAUACCUGAAUUACACAGUACAUGGAUAGGGGUAUAUAUUAGUUUUUUCUGGAAAGAAUGAUUACAUUUCAAAGAAAUAUUUGUUUUAAUUUCUACCCUGAAAAUGGUAUAUUUAGGUUUGUCAUUGAAGAAAAGAAAUCUAUCAUAAAGUGUCAGAAUUUGCAUUAGAUUUCUCAUAACUGUAAUGUAACUUAAACAACUUUCCCAAAAAAAUCGGAACUAAGCUGGUUACUUCUGUUUAUCGACCUCGUGAAUAAUUCGUCUGAAUUCAAAUCAACAGAUUGGUUGAAAAUAGCAACUGAUUAUUCAAAUUGUAAUCAGCUGGGUACAUUUAUGUUUAUGUGAAAGCCAUUGUAUAGUUAAUAUAUAUUCGAAAAAUUAUUGCAUGACUAACAGUGGUAUAUACCUUCGAAAAAUUUAUAUAUUUAACCAUUAUAUGGAAGUGAAUUUCCUUAUUUCAUUGGUUUACAUGUUAAAGUUGGAAAAUGUUAUAACUUGUGAUCGCCGAUAGAGAGAGCAGUGACUUAUCGAUCGGACCAAAGAUACGUAAAACACGUGAGAAUAGCCUAGAGUUCUGAUUAGCCCUGUUUUCCGCCUAGCCCAGCCAGUUAA